GGGGGCACGACGGCCGUCAUACCAAGCAUAGCAAGCGCUCAACGGAUGGAAAUGGCGAAAGCAAAAGGUGGCGCGGGUAGCUAGGCCAGCUCGUGCGUCCGUGUGAGAGACCGUGAGGGAGGAGAGAGAGAAGACCAGCAUCACACACUGUGAAAGGAGAGAGAGCACAGGGCAGUUAUUUUAAGGGCAAAGCUACCACUCUUACCCCUCUUCUUCGCCACCUCCCCUCUCUUUCCUCCUCUCUCUCUCUCCAGAGGGGGAGAGGAGAAGAGAAGGGCCAAGAGCCAGCCUCCCACAACCACUUUAGUCUCGUCGUCACGAGCUGAGCAUUCCUCCCUGCUCACCGACCCACCGCGGGGAACCAAGAGAGGCCGGUAUGGAGACUGGCAGUACCGGCGCCGGUGGCAGCGGCGGCGGGGACGACCAGCUCCACGGGCUCAAGUUCGGCAAGAAGAUCUACUUCGAGGACGCGGGCGGCAGCGGCAGCGGCAGUAGCAGUGGCAGUGGGAGCGUGAGCGCGCCGCCGCCGCCCUCUUCGCCCAAGCCGGCAGCGGGAGCGGCCGGCGGAGGCAAGAAGGGGAAGGGCGCGGCCAGCGGGGCGUCCGCCUCGUCGACGCCCGCGCGGUGCCAGGUGGAGGGGUGCAACUUGGAUCUGAGCGGCGCCAAGGCGUACUACUGCCGGCACAAGGUGUGCUCCAUGCACUCCAAGGCGCCCCGCGUCGUCGUCAACGGCCUCGAGCAGCGCUUCUGCCAGCAGUGCAGCAGGUUCCACCAGUUGCCUGAAUUUGACCAAGGAAAACGCAGCUGCCGCAGACGCCUUGCAGGCCACAAUGAACGCCGGAGGAAGCCGCCCCCUGGACCUCUUGCAUCACGCUAUGGUCGCCUUGCUGCAUCCUUCGGUGAAGAGCCCGGCAGGUUCAGAAGCUUUCUGUUGGAUUUCUCAUACCCAAGGGUUCCAAGCAGCAUGAGGGAUGGAUGGCCGGCGGUUCGACCUGGUGAAAGGGUGCCUGGUGGUAUCCAGUGGCAAGCGUACUUAGAUCCUCAUCAUCAUCACAGUGCAGUCGCGGGAUACGGCGCCCACUCAUAUGGUAGCCAGGGUAGCUCCAUGACAGGGUCACCGGUGUUCCCUGGUCCGGAGCUCCCUCCGGGUGGAUGUCUCGCAGGAGUCGCUGCUGACUCCAGCUGUGCUCUCUCUCUUCUGUCAACUCAGCCAUGGGAUACUACCCACAGCGCCAGCCACAACCGUGCCGCGACAUUGUCCGCAACAGCGGGCUUUGAGGGCAACCCUGUGGCGCCCUCCCUCAUGGAGAGUAACUACAUUGCGCCGAGCCCCUGGACUGGCUCUGGGGGCCAUGAAGGCGGACGCAAUGUGGCACCUCAGUUGCCACCUGAAGUCCCACUCGAUGAGGUGCACUCUGGCUCCAGCCAUCACGGCCAGUUCUCAGGUGAGCUCGAGCUUGCCCUGCAGGGAAACAGGCCAGAGCCAGCACGACGCAUCGAUCAUGGCUCCACGGGCACGUUCGACCAGGCCGGCAACACAUCGGACUGGUCUUUGUAGGGGCUAAAUAAAGUGCUGUCUAUCAUAGUCGCACAGGGAGAUUGGAACUGAAAGCCUGGCGCUGCCUGCUCUUUGCUAGCUCUGGAUUUGGCAAGGAAUUCCCGAAAGCCAGGCAACUAGUGACUUUCGUGAUGCAUAAUGUGUCCAUUAACUCACUUGCUGCGUCUGUGUAAACCUCAAUGAUUUUAUUUGAAGUUAUCAGUAUGCUUGUCGAGGACUUUGCUCGAUAUAUUAAUCGCUCUUGCUCAUCCUGAAGUUUGCUCUGCACAUUCAGGUUAACCAUUGUCGACAAAUGACAUUAUGCAGACUCUGCUGUCCCACCAAACAAAGAUGCUUCAGUUGGAUGAUGUAUUUUUGUGGUUGAUGAGAGUAGAACCUAGCUCAAGUCUGCCAUGUGGUCCAUCUAUGUAUGCAACUUGUACUGUGAUCUUUUCAUCCGGAGCAGGUACACCUUUCAGG